CUAGAAACGCGCACUAACUAAAACGCUGAAGGUUGUCUGAAGUAGUGUGCGCAUUCUCGUGAAAUAUGUCAACUUGAAUCAAUGUGCUGCAAAUUCAGGCUCUAAAGUGUUUUUUUACGUACUUACGGACAAAUUAUGGUCUAUUCUUCAUUGACAACCAUAUAAGGUAGUUGCUUAUAUGGAUCAUUGGUCGGGAAACUACAGUAAAUAGCUAUAUUUUAUCUCAAGUAGCAAAUCGUUCAAGUACCUCAGGUUUCAGAUAAAUUCUAAUCUGUUCAGUAAAGCUUCCGAGAUUUCUGUGUAAAAUUUCGGAGAAGUAGCAUUAAUAACUGAAUAACACUUCCGGAUAAUGCACAAGACUGUCAGUGAAGCCAAAAGGAUUGGUGCAUUCUAUCACUUUGAUUCGUUUGCACAAAAUAAUCUUACGAAUAAUUUACGUUGGUUUUUUAUCCUAGACUUCGAAUCUACAUGCUUCGAAGAUGAAAGUAGAAAGCCUGCUGAAAUCAUCGAAUUUCCUGUCGUUGUAUUAGAUUCAGUUACGGGAACAUUAGUAGAUUCAUUUCAAAGUUUCGUGAAACCAACAGAAAAUCCGGAGCUAAGUGUAUUCUGUUCUGAUUUAACCAGCAUUCAACAAUGCGAUGUAGAAGAUGCUCCUACUUUGGCAGUUGUUUUGAAAAGGUUUGAGCAUUGGCUUCGAAAAACCAAAGAAACUUUAGGAUGUUCCUUUAAAGGUCAACCAGCUACAACAGCUAUAUUCGUAACAUGGACUGACUGGGACAUAAGUACAUGCUUAUGGGAUGAAUGUAGACGCAAAAAACUACCUCUGCCUGGUGAUAUGCUGAAUCGUAUCGAUUUAAAGGCAAUAUUUCAACAGUGGCUUGGUUCUCAUAAAGUUGGACGGAAAUGGCGAGGUGGUUUAAAGGAUGCACUUAAUUUAGUUGGAUUACACUUUGAAGGUCGGCCACACAGAGGAAUUGAUGAUGCCAAGAAUACAGCUCGACUACUUUUUCACCUACUUUCAAAAAAUGUUCUCAAUUUGGCGACUUCAUGAAAGAGUUCUUUUGUAGGUAACUUUAUAAGCACAAAUAUAUUUUUGAUACUCUGCCAGUAAUUCCUGCCAAUUACGGAGUAGUAAUUUGAUAAAGUGAGAUUUAUGAACUAAUAUUAUACGCAGAUAAACAAUCUUCUGAGAAUUUGCUGUCCGGUUUAAAAAACAUUUUCUAGAUUCAACUUGCACUUUUGGUUAAAAUAAAAUACUUACUGAUAUUUUUAUUUAAAACAAUCUUAUGAACUCAGUACUGUAUCCUGUAUUUCAUAUAAAAAUAACUGAUUUUCCCUUCCAUUUAAAAAUUAAAAUCACAAAUAUAUAGUGA